ACGCUCAUCAUUAAGCGCGUGUUUCUUUUCUCGACCAAAGCUGCAGAGAUAAUCCAUCAGAGAUCUCAUCCCUCCUCUCUGACAUCCACAGAUCACCAAGUGACAACAUUUUACACUCGCAUACGCACACUCGCAAUAAAGCAUACAGCAUACAAACAUAAACUACUUGCUUUUAUUUUAUUUUUUUUUCAUUUUAAUUUACAUUUCCUCAUAAAAGAAGCCGGCGUCACCAUGAGUCUGAAACAAGCCUGCAUCUUCCUCAGGGGGGCAACCAAGAGACAAAGAUCUCUGACCCACGAUGAAGUGGAAGAGUUACGUGAGGCUUUUGUGGAGUUUGAUAAAGACAAAGAUGGCUUCAUAUCCUGUAAGGACUUGGGGAACCUGAUGAGGACUAUGGGUUACAUGCCAACUGAAAUGGAGCUGAUAGAACUGAGCCAAAACAUCAACAUGAAUUUGGGCGGACGGGUGGACUUUGAGGACUUUCUGGAACUGAUGACCCCCAAGCUCUUGGCAGAAACUGCAGGCAUGAUCGGCCUGAAAGAACUGAAGGAUGCUUUUAGAGAGUUUGACAUCGACGGGGACGGCUCCAUCACGUCCGAUGAGCUGAGGCACGCCAUGAUGAAGUUGCUGGGCGAGCAAGCCAGCAAGAAAGAAAUCGAAGCGGUGGUGAGAGAAGUCGACGACAACGGGGACGGGACCGUCGACUUUGAGGAGUUUGUGAAGAUGAUGUCUCAGAAGUGAUGAAGGAUUUCUUGCAAUUCGAGAGGUCACUCAUUUUUACUGUACUUCUUUUUGAUGAAAAAAAUAAUCAUAAUUUCCAGUAUAUAAUAUAUUAUAAUUUCGAAAGAAAGUUGACUUUGAUGCCACCUUGUUUGCCCUGAAUCCCUUCAGACCUGAGCUCGUCUGAGAUGCUCAUCUGAGAUACGAUGAGUGGACCAAACAAUAUACACUAUAUGUAUAAUGUUUAAUAUUUGCAUUAUAUCAACAAUUUCUGUCCAUAUUUUCAUUACCUGUCCAAUUGUGCACACUCAUUUGUAUAUAUUCAUUGAUAUACUGAUAUUCUAUUUAUAUGUAAUAUGCAUGUUUCACGCUACAAUCUAUUAAAUGAUGAAAUGUAUGAUUUUUUUUUAGGUUAUGAUAUUCAUUUGAACAUGUCGAAAAUGUACUUUUGUAGCGUUGCCUACUAAAACCAGGGGUGUCCAAAAGCUAUUUGCGAAUAUAGGAACAAAAGUGCACAAUGUAAAGAGAAAAUAAUGAAAUGUUGAUAUUAAUAAUUAUUAUUUAAUGCAUUUUUUUAGCCUUUUUACAACAUUUUUUAAAAUACAUUAAAAUAUAAAAGUACCCCAGCAUUGUUAUUAUAAUUUUUUAUUUUUUUUUAACUUGAAAAGUUUGGACAACCCCUGACUUUAAUGUUAGCUAAACUAUGCUACCUUAUUUUUUGUAUAACAAAAAAUAACAAGCUGAUAGAUGCACAAUGUAAAGAGAAAAUAAUGAAAUGUUGAUAUUAAUAAUUAUUAUUUAAUGCAUUUUUUUUGCCUUUUUACAAAAUUUUUAAAAUACAUUAAAAUAUAAAAGUACCCCAGCAUUAUUAUUGUAUAUUGUUUUUUAACUUGAAAAGUUUGGACACCCCUGACUUUAAUGUUAGCUAAACUAUGCUGCUACUACUACUGCAAAAACAAGGAAAACCAGCACAUUUUUACCAUGUUUUACCAUGUUUUGUAUAAAAAAAAUAACAAGCUGAUAGAUGCACAAUGUAAAGAGAAAAUAAUGAAAUGUUGAUAUUAAUAAUUAUUAUUAAAUAUUUCUUUUAGCCUUUUUACUAAAUUUUUAAAAUACUUUGAAAUAUAAAAGUGACCCCGCAUUAUUAUUAUAAUUUUUUUUUUUUUAAACUUGAAAAGUUUGGACACCCUUGACUUUAAUGUUAGCUAAACUAUGCUACUAGUACUGCAAAAACAAGUAAAACCAGCACAUUUUUACCAUGUUUUACCAUGAAAAUAAUGAAAUGUUGAUAUUAAUAAUUAUUAUUAAAUAUUUCUUUUUGCCUUUUUACAAACAUUUUUAAAAUACAUUAAAAUAUAAAAGUGACCCACCAUUAUUAUAAUUUUUUUUUUUUUUUUAACUCGAAAAAUUUGGACACCCCUGACUUUAAUGUUAGCUAAACUAUGCUACUACUACUGCAAAAACAAGAAAAACCAGCACAUUUUUACCAUGUUCCUAAAAAACAAAAACAUGAAACCUUAUUUUUUAACAAAAAAUAACAAACAAAAAAGUUUGAACAACCAUGAAAAAUACGGAAAAAAAAAAUCUGCAGCCUUAAAAAAAAACGAUGAUGAAAACAAACUGCCAACAAAUGGAAACAGACAACGGAAAUGAGCUAAAGUGACAAUAAUCUCAGCGGACAUCCCAACAGACCAAGCAGAUUAAUCCGCAUUUUCUAUCUCAUGCCUGAUUUUAGCAUGUUUUAUUUGCCUGCUAUUAUUUCACAAUGACAGCUUGCCUGUCACGACCUAAUAAUAAUAUAUUUCAAUCUCAUUGUCUGUUGACCUCUUUUGAUGCAAACAAUCCUGCUGUUUCAUCCUGUUAUGUAAUAAAAAGACAAACAUACACAAAAACUGAAUG